AUGGCCUUGGCCCAUCGGCUGGUUGUGCAGCUGGGCGGGAUGCUCUUCUCUCUGUUGGGCUGGGUCCUCUCCUGCCUCACCACCUACUUACCCCAGUGGAAAAAUCUGAACUUGGAACUGAACGAACUGGAGAUCUGGACCAUGGGACUCUGGCAGGCUUGUGUUGUCCAGGAAGAAGGGGGAAUGCAGUGCAAGGACUUCGAUUCUUUCUUAGCUUUGCCGCCAGAGCUCAGGAUUUCUAGGGUUUUGAUGUUUUUUUCCAACGGAUCGGGGCUUUUGGGCCUCUUGCUCUCGGGAUUUGGGUUGGACUGUUUGAAAAUCGGUGAAAGGCAACAGGAGCAAAAGAAACGGCUGUUGCUCUUUGGAGGAAUGCUCUUCUGGAUCUCGGGGAUUACAGCUAUUGUCCCAGUCUCUUGGGUUGCCCAUUCCACCGUCCAGGAAUUUUGGGAUGAGAAUAUACCAGAUAUUGUUCCCAGGUGGGAUUUUGGGGAAGCGUUAUUCGUUGGCUGGCUUGCUGGAUUUUGUCUUAUAUUAGGAGGAUCCCUACUCAAUUGCACGAUCUGCUCAACCAAAGUGCAUCUGUCUUCAGUCCGCUAUGCAGCGGCAGAACAGCGGGAUCGGUGUCGGCGUUUGGAAACUGAAACUAGGCCUUAA